CUUUGCCACUCCGGAUUUUCCAGCUAGCUCCCGGAAAAUGUACCGACGUAAAAACGGCGAGCGCGUGCUCGGAUAUUGGAUUAUGAUUUUUCAACUCUUCCUGCAGGGAACUGCUCGAACAUUCCGAGGCCCAAGUUUCUUUAAAGAACCACCUAAUAAAGUAAUAUUCCACAACUCAUCAGGAACAAUAGUGCCGUGCCUUGCAACAGGCAUUCCUCAGCCGACUGUAUAUUGGACAAAAAGUGACUGGACUCCCCUUCCCAGCAUGCCUGGUCUUCGCCAUGUCAGGCAAGAUGGUUCAUUAGUGUUUCAACCUUUUAGACCCGAAGAGUACAGGCAGGACGUCCAUGGUGCAGUUUAUCGAUGUGUUGCAAGUAACAGCUUCGGUGCUAUUGGUUCCACGGAAGUCCAUGUGCGUGGAGUGGUUCUGCAAGAUUAUCAAGUAAAUGUAUACGACGAAUACGUCAUACAUGGCAAUACAGCAGUGUUUAGAUGCAUUGUUCCGGACUUUAUGAAAGAAUUUCUCAGUGUCACUUCUUGGACCAGAGAUGACGGCCUGGUCAUAGUUCAUCAUAAAAAUGCAGGUGCCAAAUAUAUAGUACUAAAAGACGGAGAACUGCACAUAAGAAACGCAGCUCGCAGUGACAACUUCCGAAAAUAUAGAUGCCUCAUUAAGAACUUACUUACCGGAAGUGUGACACCAAGUGUAACCACAGGACAGUUAAUAGUCUCAGAUCCAACUGGAAGCAUUCCGCCUAGAAUCACCAGUGGACGUCCGAGUGUGCUUAUCAAGGAAGGAGAGACUGCAGAACUGCCUUGCACUGCUCAAGGAUACCCAGUUCCUCGGUACACAUGGUUCCGGAGGGAGAACAACCGACUGCUUCCUUUGCACAUUGGGGAUCGCAUGCUUCAAGUAAACGGGAGUCUGUUUAUCGACAGAGCACGGGCACAGGAUUCCGGAAAAUAUGUGUGCACUGUUAAUAACAGCGUCGGUGAAGUAAAUGUUGAAACAGAGCUUACGGUAUACGGAAACUUGACAGUCUCUCUCCAUCCCUCUCACCUGACAACAGAGACGGGGAAAUCAGCUACACUAAACUGCAGCAUUGAAGGAUUCCCAGUGCACUCAAUCACAUGGUUUAAGGACGCUCAACACCUAGUAACCAGCACCCGAGUACGUCUCAUCACUAAUGAAGUUCUAUAUAUAUCGUCUGUUCUGAGGGAAGAUCAAGGAAUGUAUCAGUGCUUCGUCUACGGAAGCUUACAGUCCCUCCAAAGUGCUGCCCAAGUUACCUUGUCCGAAGAUGCUCCGGAACUGAAAUACGUUUUUUCGAGACAGACUGUUCAACCGGCGGAAAGAUUCUCCCUAAGAUGCGUAGCGGCUGGUAAUCCCAUACCAAGAGUUACCUGGUCUUUGGACUCUCGGCCUAUUCCUGAAAACCACAGAGUUCAGUAUGGAGAUUUCGUAAGUUUACACUCAGAAGUUGUGAGCUUCGUAAAUGUAAGCACUGCUAGAUCUGAAGACGGAGGUGUUUACGAAUGCAGAGCUCAGAAUGAUGCCGGAUACAUUAGUCACAAGGAAAGAGUGGAUGUGAUAGGCGCUCCUUACAUCAGAUCUAUGGGUAAUGUUACAGUAGUCGAUGGAGACCCACUCCAUUAUCAUUGUCCAGCAUCCGGAUAUCCUAUGCCUACUAUAACAUGGAGCAAAGAUGGACGAGAAAUGCCGUUUAAUGAACGUCAGCAAGUUUACGCUAACGGAAGUUUCUUCAUCAAAGAUGUAUCACGAGAGACAGACGAAGGAACUUACCUCUGUGCAGCAGUAAACAAGCAACGUGAAAGAUCUCAGAAGGAAUUGCACAUAAAAGUGAUGAAAAAGCCGGAAAUUAACCCAUUCGAGUUUCCAAAGAAAUUAGCAGAAAGUAUGCACGUAAUAGUAACCUGCAGCGUAUUAACAGGCGAUCCACCUAUUACUAUACGAUGGUUGAAAGAUGGAAUGACGCUGAAUAAGAAGAUGUUGAACAUAGAGGAGUCGAUUAUGGGGCAUCUGGGAUCAGCUUUGAUGUUUAAUGGCGUUGGACGGAGCCAUAAUGGAAACUACACUUGUUUAGCUGAAAAUGCCGCCGGGGAAGCAAAUUUUACUGCAGUCAUGCUAGUUAAUGUUCCACCAAGGUGGAGAGUUGAGCCGGCAGACGCUUCUUCUGUGGUUGGAGAAUCUGUUAUUUUUGAUUGUCAAGCAGAGGGAUACCCGCAGCCUCUGAUUCGAUGGAAGAAAGCAUCUGGUAAAUAAACUAGUGAUGCCACGUCCACAAGAAAUUUCAAAUCCAUUAUCAGUAAUUCGCACAUUCAGACACUUGAGAACGGCUCUUUAAGCAUCAAGGAUCUUACCGAAGCGGACAAGGGCUACUAUCUUUGUGAAGCUGCAAAUGGGGUUGGAGCUGAUCUAAGCACAGUUGUUAAGCUUUCCGUUCACGUUGCUGCGCAUUUUGAGACUCGCUUCCGAGUGCAUCGCGUCACGAAAGGAAACUCGCUGAAUAUCCAGUGUGAAGCUUUUGGAGAAAAGCCUAUUACAAUUGAGUGGCUGAAAGAUAAAGUUCCUUUGAACCCCGAUAGUGAAACGAGGUACAGCAUAAAAUACGUGCUCACCGCUAACGGGAAAAUUUCUACGCUAUCUGUUUCCAUGCCAGACAGGAGAGACACUGCUUUAUUUUCAUGCACAGCUGUUAAUGCUUUUGGAAAAGCUGACACCAACAUACAAGUUUUGGUAGAAGAGGUUCCUGAUCCACCGUCCGAAAUAAUAGCAAAGGAUAUUGACAGUAGAAGUGUUGUACUCAGCUGGACGGAUCCUUACGCUGGGAAUAGCCCGAUCACCAAAUACAUAUUACAUUGGAAAGAAGCAUCAGGGACUUCUUGGACAUCAGAUGCUAAGAAAAUGGAUAUACCCGGAUCCAAUACAACAGUUUCUGUAAUGGGGCUUCAUCCAAUGACCACAUACCAUUUUCGACUGCAAGCAGAAAACGUACUUGGUAGAAGUCCUUUCGGGGAAGUAAUAACGAUAACGACCGAAGAGGAAGUCCCCGGGGAACCACCAACAAGCGUUGAAGCAAUAGCUAUAAAUUCACAUUCCUUACGUGUAAUGUGGAAGCCACCACCCCAGACAAGCAUUAACGGAAAGAUACGAGGAUAUUACGUGGGUCAUAAAGUUCGAAACUCCCAAGAGCAUUUUAUCUAUAAAACCAUAGAAGAGAGCGAAUUCGAUUCGACAAUGGAGUGUACAAUAACAAACCUUCGAAGAGCAACGGAAUACAGCAUUACGGUUCAGGCAUUCAAUAACAAAGGCGCUGGGCCUCCUUCCAAAGAUACCUAUGUGAAAACACACGAGAAUGAUCCACCUUCUCCACCUAUACUAAAAAUUAUAUCUUCAACGUCUGCAGCGGUAGUUCUUGCUUGGGACUCUUCAGCUAAUGAAAAUAAUUACAUCAAAGGAUACAAGCUUUUCUACAAAGCUGAGAUAGCAGAAUGGGAUGAAGUGGAAAUAACGGAUCCAUCUCAAAGUUCGUAUACUCUAAGGUCCUUGAAAUGUGGAACGCGGUACCAAUUUCAUGUAAUAGCGUACAACGAUAUUGGCCGCAGUGAUCCUAGUGAUGUCAUCAGCAUAACAACUCAAGGAGGCUCUCCAAUAGCUCCCGAGAAGUCUUCCUUGUUAAACGUCAAUACAACAUUUGUUAUUCUCAAUCUUCGAGCUUGGAAAAAUGGUGGCUGUGACAUAACCUUCUUUGUGGUACAAUACAAGACGAAGGGCCAGAGCGGAUGGAUUCUUGUGUCUAGCAACCUUGACCCUAGACAUGAAGAAUUUGUAGUUACAGGGCUGAGUACAGCAACGUGGUACACACUGUUCAUGUCGGCUCAUAACGAGGCUGGAGCUACAGAAGCAGAAUAUGUCUUUGCAACAUUGACAAUGACUGGAGGUACUGUGACGCCAGUCGUAGCGGAGAGAGAAGAAGGUCCAUCAUUGUACAGAAAUCUAUCUGUUCUCGUGCCUAUCAUCUGUGCCAUUGUUGUUCUUCUGGUCAUCACAUUAGUCAUUCUCAUCAUGUGCUUAAAGAAAAACAGAAAUCCUGACUACAGCACGCCAUCACAACAUCAAGAACCCAGAAUUGACCAGAAAGGAGACAACAUUUCAAUGGCAUCCGUUGGUAAAAAGCUAUACGAGGCUCCAAGAGAGACAUUGUACUAUCCUUCCCCAUAUGCGACGACAAGAAUAUCAAUGUAUUCUGCAGACAGCGAGUCUUCAUCGGGCCAAACAAACAGUCUUCAAAGAACCGGAGGAACACAAAGACCCGAACACACAUAUGACGUGCCUUUCCCACAGAAACAGUUUCGGGGGAGUUCAAGUUACAAUGCAGUGGCACACGAUUAUCAACAGUUAUUUACAGAAUCUGGGAUGCAUCAUUUUGUCGACUCUCUCGACUUCGAUCAGCGCCAUAUAAUUGUUCAGCGUAUGUGCCUACAAGCCCGCGAUUCCAAACAGGGUCAUCAGCGAUCAUCUUCCCUUUACCAGCAAAGUCAUAAUCAUAACAAUAUAUCUCAUUCACCGCAUCUCCAGCAGCAGCAUGUCUACCGGCUGAAUAGGCACUCGGAGCCCAAUUCCCGAUUCGCUCACGACUACCUAUCAGACGGAAACAAUCCAGCGUUCGUGCCCGAAAGUGUGAGAUUUCGUGGUGGUGGUGCGAUGGUGCAUGCUGGCAUCUCCAUUGAUGGGCGUACCGAUCUGCAUGUUAUUCCGAAUGGAACUCUGACCGGUCGUCAAAGUGAGGAUGAGAUCCUCCGGCCUAUUGUAAUCCCUUACCUUUUAGCAAUUGCAGAUGACUUCAUGUUAAUGGACGACAACUGCAGACCACAUCGUUCUAACUUGAAGAAUGAUUUUCUUUUAGAGGAAGGAAUCAUACAAAUGGAAUGGCCAGCGUAUUCUCGACAUGUUUCCGGACGCCUACCACCUCCACAAAUUGUCCAAGAACUGGAAAAAGCUCUUCAGGAGGAGUGGGGCAGAGUACCCCAGCCCCUCAUAAAUAGCCUCAUUGAUUCCAUGCCUCAGUGGAAUUCAGAUGAAGAAGGAAGUUCUAGUGGUGAGAAAGCUUGUUUUCAAGGUGGAGGAAACACGACAGACAGUCAUGAAAUGUCAGAAGCAGAAUGUGAUAGAGAUUAUCAGCAGCAUAUGAGAAAAGUUGAGGAAGCUAUUGAGUACAAGAAACAUUUUUCUGAUGAUGAAGUUGAUGAACCAGAAGUGGUUAUUUUUCCUCCUGAACCCGAUUUAGUUAGUGAAAAAGAAGAUAUAGAUGACUCUUUAACAAAUUGUCAUGCACCAAUAUGA